UGCUGUUGCUUGCAUAAGCGCAGUGACUUAAACAACAAGCCCCGACUCGCUUGCGUCGCUUGCACCUCUCGCUCUCGCUCUCGCCCGGUUUACAUACCAACAACCCUUGCACCAUCAACGCUCGUGGACUUCCACCCCGUUUGAUACCAGCAAACUUCUUCUGGACCUCGUUGCCGAUCAACCGCGGCAGUUGCACGGAAUUUGCACAUCCAACUCACCCUCCCGUCGCCACCCAUCAUGACAUCCUCGGGACAUUCUGUGGCGUCUGCCUCGCCAAGGGCUUCGCCGCGGAUUUCGCCGCGCUCCUCGCAGCCGCCGUCGAUCAGAUCGGUCGAGGUUCCCACCAAGUCGCCCAAAAUGAACGGUCUAAACGGGCUGCCGGUUAUUCCCGUCGGCGCCAUGGAGCACCUGCAGAAGCCUGCCGAGAAGGGCUCCAUGAAAGACAGGUUGACCCGCAUGUUCUCGACCAAAGACGUCUCCCGUGCCGCGACACCCGACGCCAACGGCACCGCCCCGGCCAAGAAACCACAGGAUGGGACCCCGACCACAACGUCACCGCCUCCGGCGAAGCCGACCACCGCCAAGGAGCCACCUCAGCGCUUCCUGCUCAACCUGGAGGCCCAGGGCGGCCACGAGCACCACUUGAAGUCCAGCCGUCGGCAGGAAAAGCUCACCGACCUGAUCAAGAGCUUCCUUGGCAGGAAGCCGGAGCAGGUGCCGGACCACGACCUCUCCCUGGUGUCGAACUGGGUCGACAACCUGAGACAGGAGAAGGAUGGUGUUUCGUCAGAGAAGAAGGCGGCAACAAAUCCGUCGGCAUCCCUGGUGGAGAAGUACGGCAAGUGCCAAGAGAUUGUGGGGCGAGGUGCCUUCGGCAUCGUGAGGAUAUCGCACAAGAAGCUGGACAAUGGCCUGGGUGAGAAGCUCUACGCCGUGAAGGAGUUCUGCCGGCGGCCCGAGGAGACGGAGAAGAAGUAUAGCAAGCGCCUGACGGCCGAGUUCUGCAUCUCGUCCUCGCUUCGCCACCCCAACGUCAUCCACACGCUCGACCUUCUCAAGGACUCCAAGGGCGACUACUGCGAGGUGAUGGAGUUUUGCGCGGGCGGGGACCUGUACACGCUCGUCCUGUCAGCCGGCAAGCUCGAAGUGCAAGAGGCCGAUUGCUUCUUCAAGCAGAUGAUGCGUGGAGUCGAGUACAUGCACGAGAUGGGUGUCGCCCACCGCGAUCUGAAGCCCGAGAACCUGCUUCUGACGACCCAUGGCGCCAUCAAGAUCACCGAUUUCGGCAACGGCGAGUGCUUCCGCAUGGCUUGGGAGGACGACGCACACAUGGUGUCCGGCCUCUGCGGCUCGGCUCCGUACAUUGCCCCUGAAGAGUACACCGCCAAGGAGUUCGACGCCCGCGCCGUCGAUGUCUGGGCAUGUGGUGUCAUCUACAUGGCCAUGCGGACGGGCCGUCACCUCUGGCGAGUCGCUCGGAGGGAAGAGGACGAGUUCUACACCCGCUACCUCGAAGGUCGCCGGGACGAGGAGGGUUAUGGCCCGAUCGAGGCGCUGCACAGGGCUCGUUGCAGAAACGUAAUUUACUCUAUACUAGACCCCAACCCGGGGCGGAGAAUUACUGCCUCCCAAGUCCUCAAGUCCGAGUGGGGCCGCGAGAUACAACUCUGCAAGGCUGGCGAAGAGGGCCUCUAACACAUGCCCCGCCAGAUGGAUGGCUGAUGAGGCUUCCUCUUGGAAAGAAGCAUCAACCACUGUCUGGCGGAACAUGUUUGUGAUUCAUGUUGAAUGAACCCUCGCAC